AUGGAGACCUCCAGGCUGCCGCCCACGCCGUCGCGUGUUAACCUCUCUCGAGGGGGCGCGCCAGACUCUUCCUCGCUGCCGUCUUCUUCGAGUCUCUCUUCUAUCGCUGCGCAGCCUUCUGCGCCGAGCGCCGCGGGCUCGUCUGCCGCUUCUUCUCUCUCUGCUCUCACGGGGCCCUCCUCUCUCGCCUCCUCUUCGCUGCGUCCGCUGGCUUCUUCUUCGUUCGCCGCUCUCGCCUCCUUGCGGCCAGACGCCUCCUUCUCUGCGUCGUCGCCGCCUGCGGGGCGAUGCGGCUCUUCUUUGCUGCCUUCUGCGCUCGCGUCUUCCCACGCGCCGGCGACAUCGUCCUACGAGCGCAUGAGCCGCGAAAUCUGGGCGCGCAUCCAAGACGUGAAGCUCCUUCUCCCCUACAGAGCCGCGGGCAGCGCGGAGGCGCAGACCGCCGCCGCCGCAGCUGCCGCCCUCGAAGAGAAGCUUGUGAGGCUGGAACAGAGCGUUGCAGAGAUCCAGAGGCAAGUCAGCGCAGACCUCGCGCUCCUGCCUGCGCUGCCGGCGCUGCUCGCCUCGGCGCACGCGCAGCGCCAGAAGGUCCAGCAGCUCUACGCGCGCCUCCUGCCCGCCUUCUCCGUCUCACUGCUGUCCUCUUCGGCGCUCUCUCCGGCGCCUGGCGGCGGCUCGCUCGGCGCGCGCAGAGCGGAGGCUGGGCGCCGCAGCGGCGGCCGGCGUGAAGGCCGCAAGCGCCGCGAGCGCGAGGGCGGGGCGGGGGGGGCUUGCACGGUGGAGAGCGAGCGCACUGCGGCGGAGGAAGGCAAGAAGGAGAGCAGGAAAGCGAGCGCUGCGGAAGAAGAAGCUGAAGAGGACGCCCGCGGCGAGCAGAGUGGAGACAGCGAGCCGCGCGACAGCCGCGAAGACUCCGAACCGCGCGCAGGCGGGGACGCAGAGGACAAACCGCAUGGGUAG